ACGCACACAGACACACACAGUGGGAGGCGGGGUUAUGAUGUUAAUGCAACACAGAGUUGAGCUUCAAUGAACUAGAAGGUGUCCAGAUGAGCGCUGAUGUAUAAGAUAUAUUUUUUAAACGAGCUUUUUUUUUUUUUGCCUUUCUUUUAAAAACAAUUUGUUUCCGCCUGAAUUUACUUCUUUCUCUUUUACUUCUUGUUUUGUGGUAUGACAACAAAGCAAAAUCCCGUGAUUCUCUUCUGCGCCCUUGACACGAAAGUAUCACAACUCGGUGUAAAGUUCAGGGACGAAUGAGUCGUCACUAAACCUGCACAGAUAUCCAAGAGGACAGCGAAGGUUAAAGAAAAUGUGCAUCAAAUCCGAGUUUCCUUCUGCCGACUGGAUCCACACAAAGAAAAGACACCGAGGGAAAGUUAUGCAAAGUUGUUAAAUCCCGCUGGUGUUUGUCCCCUCCGCGGCGAGAAGGAGGUAGCCGACAUGAGGGUGUGUAACCGGGGUGUCAUGAUGCUGCUGACCACGGCGGGAGCUUUCUGCGCCUUCAGCCUCAUGACCAUCGCCGUUGGCACGGACUACUGGCUGUACUCUCGAGGAGUGUGUCGCUCCAAGAGCCAAAACGACAACGACACCGUCCGCAAAAAUGAGGAGGUCCUGACCCACUCCGGUCUGUGGAGGACCUGCUGCACCGAGGGUACAUUUCGGGGUGUUUGCAAAGACAUCGACCAUUUUGCUGAAGAUGGAGACUAUGAGCAGGACGCUGCAGAGUAUUUACUACGAGCAGUACGAGCCUCCAGCCUGUUCCCCAUCCUCAGCGUGGGGUUAUUAUUCCUCGGAGGUGUUUGUGUAGCUGCCAGUGAGUUCUACAAGUCACGCUACAAUGUCAUCCUCUGUGCAGGGAUACUCUUUGUUUCUGCAGGUCUCAGCAACAUUAUUGGUAUUAUCGUCUACAUAUCAGCCAACUCCGGUGACCCCAGCCAGAGCGACAACAAGAAGAGCUACGCAUACGGCUGGUCUUUUUAUUUCGGAGCUCUGUCCUUCGUGCUGGCUGAGAUGGUGGGCGUCCUGGCCGUGCAUGUUUUUAUAGAAAAACACCGUCAGCUCCGCACUAAAGGCCGGCCCUCCCUCAUGAAGCCGCCCGUCUCCCGCACCUCGUCUUACUUCCGCAAUCGGUACUACAGCAACCGCAGCCGCAGGUACAGCUCCAGGAGCAACCACAGUGUAGGAGACUCCAACUUACAGUCCUUUCAGACAUCCUUGCUAAGGGACAGAGAGCCAUCCCUCUCAGAUGAUUCUAAGAUCACAAUGGCAGGUUUGCCAUCACCUGUGACAGUGGGGUCAGAGUUCAUGCUCUACACUUUGGCCUCACCGCUCAAAGACAGUGAAAUUGACAUGGAUGAAGAUGAUUUAACUACUGCAGCUGCUCACAACAACACAGAGAUGCUGCCGGGAAACUGUGCGGCCAACAGAAGGACGACGCCUGUUUAAGAGGAGAGGAAGUGAGAGGAACUUCUAUUAGAAGAAAACAUUGAACGAGAAGAAGUUCUCUUCCUUCUUAGAAUGAGAAUAAUGAAAACAUUGGAGUCUGAAAUGGGGGUGAAGAAACUUAUGAGUUUAAUAUUUUUGCAAUAUGUUAAGUGUUUGAAAUAUUAAGAAUUGAAAAUCCUCCAUUGCAUUCCAAAACUGAAGUGACAUCUCCAGGUUACAACCAACAGUCUUGAAACAAAAGACAUGAAUUUACUUUUCUAUUAAACAACAAGAAAAGAUCAAAAUCAUGUUGAGAAGCUAUACACAAAGUAUGUUCAAAGGAUGCUGUUUUCUAAUUAUCUUAAUGUUCCAGCUCUGAACACAAUUAAUCUGUAUCAUCAGAAAAAUCAGAUAAACAGCAACACAAUGUUGAAGUCUGAUAGUUUUGUGCUCUUAUAUGUAAUUGUGCUUGGCUAUUACAUUUGCUAUAUCUUGAGUAUAUCUUUAUUCUCUGUGUGUGUAAGAGUGAAUUUGGUUACAGGAAUAUGAGUGUAAUACAGACAUGCAGAGAGAGGCAGAUUGGAGUCCACGGAAAUAAGAAACUAGCUCCUAACAUUUACAACAAGGAAUGACAUUAUAAAAUCUGCCCUAUUCUUCUGCUGUGGACUUGGUCUCAAGAUUGAAAACACUACACUGAAUACUAGAACUAUUUCUCUCUCUCUCUCUCUCUCUCUCUCUCCCUCUCUCUCUCAGUUUUUUUGGAAUGUGUCUGGGUUUGUAUUGUAAAAAAUUGUAUGUGUAACAAGGUGUUGCCCUUAUAGGUAUGUCAGUGAGUCUUUGUUUACAUUAAAUAAAGAUUAUAAAUUCAAACAAAAUUGAAACUUUUGAUUGAGACAAGUUUGGUUCUAGGUGAAGUGUAAUUUCUUCUGGACUGUACCUAUCACGUGUCUGUCUGGUAAAGAAAUAGAAGGAGGAUAUUCAAAUAUGUGGGAACAGCAGCAAAUGCCAGGUACAA